ACUUUACAUCAGCACGUUCGCUGACGGAUCAGUGACGUCACAACGGUCGCGGGGAGACGUGACCGCCGCUUUUCCCGCCGCCCCGGAAGUGACGCUGACAGCGGCUGAGCGAUGGCGGAGGGUCCCGGAGCCGCGCCGCCGCCGCACGGCUGCCCCGGCACCAGCAGCGCCCGAGCGGGCAGAGCCGCCGCCUGCCAGGGGUGUCCCAGCCAGGGGCUGUGCGCCGCCGGCGGCCCCGCCGCCCCGGACCCGGCUAUAGAAGAAAUAAAGGAGAAAAUGAAAAUUGUGAAGCACAAAAUACUAGUUUUGUCUGGGAAAGGAGGAGUCGGCAAGAGCACUUUCAGUGCCCACUUGGCUCAUGGCUUAGCAAAGGACGAGACUAAACAGAUUGCUCUGUUGGACAUAGAUAUUUGUGGACCAUCAAUCCCUAAAAUAAUGGGUAUAGAGGGAGAACAGGUUCACCAGAGUGGUUCUGGAUGGUCUCCGGUGUAUGUUGAAGAAAACUUGUGUGUAAUGUCUGUGGGGUUCUUGCUCAGUGGUCCUGAUGAUGCUGUUAUCUGGAGAGGACCCAAAAAAAACGGAAUGAUCAAACAAUUUCUUCGUGAUGUGGAUUGGGGUGAAAUUGACUACCUUAUUGUGGAUACACCUCCAGGUACUUCAGAUGAACAUUUAUCUAUUGUGCAAUAUCUAAGUUCCUCGCACAUAGAUGGAGCAGUUAUAAUCACUACUCCUCAGGAAAUAUCACUUCAGGAUGUUCGAAAGGAGAUCAACUUCUGUCAUAAGGUGAAAUUGCCGAUCAUAGGUGUUGUUGAAAAUAUGAGUGGCUUUGUAUGCCCAAAAUGUAAGAUUGAAUCUCAAAUCUUUCCUCCAACAACUGGAGGAGCAGAGAAGAUGUGCCAAAAUUUAAAUAUUUCUCUCCUGGGGAAAGUGCCCCUAGAUCCUCAAAUAGGGAAAAGUUGUGAUCAAGGCCAAUGUUUUUUCUCUGAAAUACCUGAGUCCCCAGCUACUUCAUCUUACAAGAAUAUCAUCCAAAGGAUUCAAGAAUAUUGUGGCCUACACCACUCUAAAGAAAAACUAUCUAACCAAGGAAUGGAAUAAAUGUGCAGUUAAUUAUAGGAAAGCAAUGAUUGUCAUGAAUCAGUAGGAAGAAUGUAAAGAUUUGUGCUCCCUUUCUGUAUUGCAAAUAAAUAAUUUUUAAGUUAAUGUCCUUGCUUUACAUUCCUGUUCUUGUUGUGUGCGAUCACCAUAAUAUUUGAACAUCUAGUCCACCUGAUGUCUCAAAGCUUUGUUAUAAGUUUAUAGAAAUAAGUCACUUAGUGCAUCAGAGGUGAAAUCUAAACGCAGAAUUUUGUGAUACCUGUAAUCUUGCGUAUGUCGUGAGUGAAAUUAAUCUUCAAAGAUGUUCAAAUAGACUUUCUUCAGAAACUCUUGUAUAUUAAAUACAUAUUUUCAUUGGAA